UCGAGUCCCGACCGCCCUGCCGAGCGGACCGCGCACCCCUAACUAAAAACCACCGAAGUACACGAACUUUACAGUACGAUCUCAUUUUACAAAAAAGUUUAAAGAUAGAAAAAAAUAAAAAAAAAAUUCUCGUUCCGGUUUUGAAAGUUUUGUUUUAGAUUUUUUAGUUUUUUUUUUCGAAGUUUUCGUGUGCAGGGGUGUCGCCGGGUGAUUCAGAAGAGGACCAGACUAAGACUUGAUAAAAAUGUCGAACAGUGUGAAAAAAGAAAGUGAUCAAAAGCAAGAUGAUUACAAAAUCCAGUGAACCAAAAAUUCACUACAUCAACAUUUGAAGAUGGAGGCCGCUUUGCCACAUUUCCAUCGUCUGACGUCAUCACGAUUUUACCAGCAGUAUGCAGCUCCACCAAUUCGCAUCUCUAGUAACUACCUCCACGAUCUCAUUCCCCAACAGCAUCCGACACUCCUCCAGCAAUAUUUGGCUUACUAUAACGAACCUCUUGUGCCCCUUGACUUGUCCAUCAAAGCCACUAUACCGAUUACCCCUCCGUGCACGCCACCACCUGCCCACCACCCACAAAAAAGAAAAGCAGUCGACGACAACAAACCAGACAAAUCCCCAAAAAUAUUUCGACAUUUUGAAGAUAAUGAUACCAAAGAAGAAUCACAAGAUAAAACAGAUAAACGGAAACUAGACGAUGAAAAUUCUAACGACAGUGAUAGUCCUGAAGUCAAGAAACUAAAGUUCACCCAACAGUUUUUUGAAGAACUCAAAACAUGUUUACCGCAAGAAGAAGAAACAACACCAUCUAAAAGUGGCAGAAGCUCACCAGACGUUGUCGAGAUAAAGGAUUUAGAAGAACGACCUAAAAAGUCUCCAAAACCAGCUCAGCAGCCAACUAAAAAGAGCAAAGCCGUAAGAAGGCUUAUGUUUGACGAGGAUAAGACAUCUCCUGUCUCCGGCACUAUCAUACGAGAUCUGGCUGAAGAUGAAACUCUAGUCGUUCGAAAGGGAGACAUUGAUCCAGCGUUUAACGUGGUCGAAGUGACUGACGAGGCGAAAGCUUUGAUAGCUGCUAUAGAGAACAGGCUGGGCCGGUACAUUUGCAGGCUGUGCCGACGACUGUACAGCGACGCCUUUGCGUUGGCGCAACAUCGAUGCUCUCGAAUCGUGCACAUUGAAUAUCGAUGUCCCGAAUGCGAUAAGGUAUUCAACUGUCCCGCUAACUUGGCAUCUCACCGGCGCUGGCACAAGCCUCGGGUAGCUGGUACAGUGAAACGCCGUGAGCCAAAUGCAGCUGAUUCUGGUCGCUUUCCUUGUCAGAGAUGUGGCAAAAUGUUCCGAAGACAGGCUUAUCUUAGAAAGCACAUGUUGGCUCACGAACAGCCGGAGAAUGAACCUGAGAAGGAACCUUCUGCAUUUCGGCAGGUUCAUGCUGAAUAUCCUACUUAUCAACCGGACGUGAUCCGUGAGACCAGCUUCAAUAACUUCUGGAACAAAAUCCCAGCUCCUCAGCAUGAGUUGAACUGGGAGGGAGUGCGUCCUAGAUGUGGUUCGUCAUGUUCUUCGGAGGAUUCGCGGAGUUUGGAUGUGACGGGUUCGGAGGAUGAAGGAGGGGGCGGGGGGGUAAUGGAUGGGUGACGGAGGGUCCUGCGACCCGUGCCGCGGCUUCCACCGUAUGCACCGGUCGCCACUGCCCUCUACCCGUACUCCACGCCGUACGCGCAUGACGCACACAUGUAUUUCUCUUAAAUGGGUAAGUCACCCACACCCAGGUAGUCUUGGAAAUGAAUUUUUUUCCAAAAUAUAAAUGAUACAACAUCUAUUGAAAAAAUAUCAUUAAUAGGUCUUCUUUUAGUAGUUUUGCCUAAACAUUAUCUUAUUAUUAUAACAUCAUAUAUGUAGAUUUCAAGUAUUAAUAUAAAUAUCUGUAUAUUCCUUUGUAUAUAGGUGUGAUGUGUGUUUUAGGAUUUAGGAAUAAAUUGUAAAUAUUUAUGAUCUCCUGCAGCACAUUCCAAAUCAUUAAAGCACGUGAAUGUCAAACAUUUUGCGUGUAAUUUUUUAAAUAAUAUAUUCUGUGUUUAGUAGUCGUAAAAUAAGAUUUUAUUAGAUAUAUAGCAGUAUAAUAGUAUUUGUAGGACUAAAAAACUCAAUAUGCAUUCAUAUUUCGUAGCUAAAAAUGUUAGUUGGUGUAUUAUCUUGUAAUAGUAUUACAGUAUUGGCAUUAUGUUCGAUCGUUCGUUACCUGUCAAAGGGUCACCGUCAUCGAUCGUUGCAUGAGCAUAUUUUUAGAUGCAGUGGCUACCACGGCAGGCUACCAUCGUGCCACAAACCCUCAUUAUUAUUUCAAAGUGAACAAUUCAUAGGAAUUGAGUCCACCCCUAACUGGGACGUCUUCAAACCAUGAUACAAUAUAGAUUACAGAUUAUUCGAUUACUAUUUAUUUCGAUUUCACGAUAAUAACAUAGCAUAAAUUUCAAUUGUUAUUUAAUUCACCGUCAUAAUAAAAUAGCUUAUAUUUUUAGUAUCACCAAUCACAAUACUUUUGCAUACAAAUUAACCACGAUAUCUAGUCAUCCGAAACCCAAAUGCAUAUUAUACAACAUCCGAUUUGGACAUUUUGAGAGCGGAAUUCAAAUUGAAUAGCGGCAUAUUUCUAUUUCACGUGUUUCCAUAUUAAUGAAUCUUUAUUUUAAUUAAUUAAAAUCGUGGCUUACGCACGUGAAUAUACUGAGAAAAGCUCUAAAAAA